UGUGGUCUAUGGAUGUAUUGCGAUGCGACGAAAAAUAUUGUGUAUUUACUUAUCGAUUCAGUUAAAGAGAGCGAGACUUUGUUACAACUUUGGGGAAGUUCCCAGUUAACAAUUGAGAAUGAGCAAGAUUUUCAAGAUUGGAUAUGGAAACACGAACACAUUUAUUUACGAAUGCUCGUGUUUAUGUUCAUGCUGUCUCAUGUAGUAUUGAUGGAAAUAUGAUUACUCUUCU